AUGUCGCGCGUCUUAGCUUCUCUCGUUGUUGCCCUCCUUGCUGCAGCACCCUCGGUCCUCGCAUUUGGGGGUCCCCUGCCAGGGCAGAUCAAAAACCUCGUCACGUUUGGCGACUCGUACACCGACGUUGGCAACCCCGCGGACGGAGGCCAGGCAUGGCCCAUCUACGCCGCCGAAUACGGGCACCUUAACCUGUACCCGUUCGCGAAAUCCGGCGCGGCGUGCUCAAACAACCUCACUGACAGACCCUUCCCGCCGGUCUUCGAGUACCAGAUCCCGACCUACCUUCAGGAAGUGCAGAACGGCACGCUGGCACUCAACCCCUACGAGACGAUCUACACCCUAUGGAUCGGCACUAACGAUGUUGGCGUUAACGAACUGCUGACGGGCUCACAAACCCCCGGAGUCACCCUCGUUAACACCACCCAGUGCGCUGUGAACUGGGUUUCGACAAUGUAUGGCUACGGCGCAAGGAACUUCCUCUUCCAGAAUAUGCUGCCUCUGCAAAAUACGAUCCUGUACUCUAAUUACUCGUACCCGAACCGGUACUACGUCGCACCGCGCAACACGACAGAAUGGAACGUCAUGAUGACCGAGAUCACGAACACCGGGAACCUGCUCUCCCGCAUGAUGUUAGAGAACCUCGCCUACCAGCUCCCAGGCGCCCACAUCGGAAUCUUCGACUCCUACGGAUUGUUCACGGACAUGUACAACAACCCUGCCCAGUACCUUAAUGGAACCGCCCCGCUCAACGUUACUGGCUGCGUCAACUCCUGCGUAUACGCCAUCAACGCUAACAUCAGCGACCCUAAUGCCGGCACGUGCACCACCGCAGAGGGUACCGACCGUGAUAGCUUCUUAUGGUACGACGAGCUGCACCCAUCCGAGCAGGCGGACAGGAUUGUAGCUAGGGAGAUUUCGGGAGCUAUUUUGAGAACGUCGGAAAAUUACACGACCUGGCUCAGCUGA